AUGGCGUUUCAACAGACCCCGAAAAAGGAGCAGAAUGUGCUACAGGUGCCCAGCUCAUCGCCCAUCAACGUCAGAUCGUCUCCAGUGGCUGCUGGCCAUGCGAUGCCCAGCCAUCAUGACGCAGAGGAGGAAAAACGCAAGGAAGAGAUGAAGAAGCGCUUCUAUGCCCACAAGUUCUGGCCCGUGUUGCAGAAACGAUUUUACUAUUUGACAGAGCCUGAGAUUUUUAAGGGCAUGGUCAAGGGAAAGGGAAAUCUCAGGGACAUAUGCCUGUGGCUUGGAGAUAAUAUUCCAUUGAGUGAACGCAUGAAUCAGUAUGAUAACGAGCGCACGGUGCGCCGUUUGGAAGAAGAAAACGCAAAGAAACAAGCAGCCGCUGCCGAACAAGAAAAUAGACGCCAGGAAGAGGCUCGGGCAUUGGAGUUGGCGGAAGUCCUGCUUCCUCCUUCUCCAUUGAUCCAGUCCCCAGCACCACAAGUUUACGAGGACGAAGAUGCUUCGCCUGUCAAGGUAGCAGGAAAAGCUAGACAAAAGAGAUCGCUACUGUCGAUGGAAGCCGUCAAGGCUCCAGACACCAAGAUCCAGCUCAUGAAACCCAAGGUUUCCAUCCUAGAAAAGUACAGAAACAGAACAAACACACAGACCCGGAUUGAUAGCUUGUUUCUGCGUGCCAACGGUGAGAUGAAGAAGAGAAAGCUCGUACGUGCUGAUGACAUGGAUGAAUCCACACCCGCCACCUCUCAGUCCACCACUCCCAAUGCGAUAGGUCUGCCUGGCGUGCUCACACAGGCAUUCGGCUUCAAAGAAGAGGCUAUUCCUCGCUUGACCACCAGCAAGAAUCUGUCGGUUGAAAUAGAUGAACUUGACUUGUUGGAGGAGAAGAUCAGAGCCAAUAGAAAGAAAAAGAAGUCGUCGUCGUCCCGCACAUCGCACAGUGACGAUGAAUUGGAGGAAGAUGUUUUCAGCGACGACAUGUCGGCCGAAGAUGAUGAUGAUCACUACAGCAAUGGUCUCACCUCUAUAGAUGGCCAGAUCUUAGAGUUCUUGAACUCCUCGUCCGUGGAUGAUAUUGUGGAGAUUUGUAAUGUCCAACCUAAGAUAGCCGAUCUUUUGAUCUCCAAGAGACCAUUCAAAACCAUUUACGAGGUUUCCGAGGAUCGUUUCGAUGAUGCAACUCCAGAGCCGGAGACAAAGAGACGUGGUGGCCAGAGAAAAGCAAUGGGAAUGAGAAUCGUGGAAAGCACCGAAUUCAGUUUGAAAGGUUAUAAGGCUGUGGAUUCUUUAGUCAAGAAAUGUUCUGAGUACGGCAACCUUAUCUCCUCACAGAUGGACAGGUGGGGUGUAAAAAUCACCGGUGAGGGAGAGUUGAGCAUGGUGGAAGUUGAUGCCAAUGAAGAGGAUAAUGAGGAUGACGAUAUCGUGUCCAACAAGAGAAGCCUUCCAUAUGUCAAGCAUAAACCAACGCUCUUAGCUCCAGACAUCGAGUUGAAGAAUUACCAGCAAGUGGGAAUCAACUGGCUCAAUUUGCUUUACCAUAAUAAGUUAUCAUGUAUCCUUGCUGACGAAAUGGGCCUUGGUAAGACAUGUCAGGUCAUAUCUUUCAUGGCGCAUUUGAAGGUGACUUCAGACAAGAAGCGGCCACAUUUAGUAGUUGUUCCUUCGUCUACUUUGGAAAACUGGUUGAGAGAGUUCAACAAGUUUUGCCCAGACCUCAUUGUUCAGGCUUACUACGGAUCUCAAGCGGAGCGUGAGGAUUUGAGGUAUGAGCUUCAGGAAAUGCAGUAUGAUGUUCUCGUCACCACUUACAACUUGGCCACCGGUGCCCCACCGGACUUCAAGUUUUUGAGAAGUCAACAUUUUGAUAUGAUUGUCUACGAUGAAGGACAUAUGUUGAAGAAUUCCAGCAGCGAAAGAUACAACAAAUUGAUGAGAUUGAAAGCUGAUUUUAGAUUGUUGUUAACGGGAACACCAUUGCAGAAUAAUUUGAAGGAACUCGUGUCCCUCUUAGCAUUCAUGUUGCCAAAUUUGUUUGUGGAAAAGCGUGAAGACUUGCAGGGUUUAUUCAACAAGAAAGCCAGUGUUGAUGGUGCUGACAAUUAUAACCCAUUGUUAUCCCAGCAAGCAAUCAACAAAGCGAAAACAAUGAUGACUCCAUUUGUGUUGAGAAGGAAGAAGGCUCAAGUAUUGAAAUACUUGCCAGGAAAGAGCCACGAGAUUGUGAAAUGUAAAAUGACAGCAAAACAAAGAGAGAUCUACAGUGAUUACAUUUCUCAAGGUAAGGCCACCAAACUCGAAAGAGAAAGAAGGAAAAACCUAGAGGGCAAGGAAGCAGAAGAAGCUCGCAAAAUACCUAUCGCAUCAUCUUCAAAUGUCAUGAUGUCGUUAAGGAAGGCAUCCAUGCAUCCAUUGCUUUUCCGUACGAUAUACACUGACGACAUCCUCAAAGAAAUGGCUAAGAAGAUCAUGAAAGAGCCUGAAUAUGUUUCGGCCAACAGACAUUACAUUUACGAGGAUAUGCAAGUCAUGAGUGACUAUGAACUUAAUGCAUUAUGUGAGAAAUUCCCCAAAACCAUUGGUUCUUAUGUUCUUGACAAGGAAAAGUGGUUGGACAGUGGGAAGAUUACGAAAUUGUUGGAGGUGUUAGACAACGUAAUUGAAAGGAAGGAGAAGGUUUUAGUAUUUUCGCUUUUCACACAGAUGCUUGACAUCCUUGAGAAGGUUUUGAGUUUUUCUAAUAUUACCUUUUUGAGACUCGAUGGUCAAACCAGUGUGGACACCAGACAAGACAUUAUCGAUCGAUUCUACGAGGAUGAAACCAUCCCUGUCUUUCUCUUAUCUACUAAAGCAGGAGGUUUUGGUAUUAAUUUGGUUGCAGCCAACAAUGUGGUUAUUUUCGAUCAGUCAUUCAACCCACAUGACGACAAGCAGGCUGAAGACAGAGCACACCGUGUGGGUCAGACCAAUGAGGUUAUGGUUACCAAGCUUAUUUCAGAAGAUACUAUUGACGAGAACAUAUUGAUGCUCGCCGAGAACAAAUUACAGUUGGAUCAGUCUAUCAGCAACGAUACCAACGAAACCAAAUUCGAAGAGAAGGCAGCAUCCAUGUUCGAGAAGUUACUCUUCAACUAA